CCCACAUCCAUCAGCCCCAGUAUGGAGGGCAUUGAAGCACUUGUUUUUGAUGUCUUUGGCACCGUUGUCGAUUGGCAUGGAUCUGUAUGCGCGGAACUAAAAGAUCUGGGACAAAACCUGGCUUUAAACGCCGACUGGGAUGCCUUCGCCACCGAAUGGCGGAAAGGAUACUUGACAAAUACAUCCCGUAUCGCCCGCGAAGGAGCCGGCAGCGGUCCUUUGAAUGUUGACGUUCUGCACAGACAGAUUCUGGACGACAUGCUGAGCUCGCCACGCUGGGCGCCCGUCGGUUCGAAGCUAGACGAGCAGACAAGAGCUCACCUGAACCUCGUCUGGCACCGCCUCAAUGGCUCGUACUCGACGAAAUCAGGCCUCUACCAGCUCAAAAAGCACGUCAUUCUCACGACAUUAUCCAAUGGGAAUGUCAGACUGUUGGUAGACAUGGCGAAGCACGCGAACCUUCCUUGGGAUCUGGUUCUGUCGGCCGAGCUGUUCUCGUGCUAUAAGCCGAACCCGGAAGCUUAUCUGGGCGCUAUCAAACACCUCUCCGUCCCACCGGAGAAGUGCGCUAUGGUUGCGGCCCACAUCUACGACCUCCGCGCCGCUGCGGCGGUUGGGAUGAAGACGGUCUACGUCCAGAGACCUGGAGAAGCUCCUGAGAAUGUCGUGGUCAAACCAAGUUCGGAGGGCGGCGAAGUUGACGUUGUGGUGCAGUCUUUUGUGGAGCUUGCUUCUCUGUUCAGCGAGACGCACUGAAUGAAUGUUACCAUGCCGUCAGGUGUGAUAACUACACGCUUUGCUUUCACUACGGUCGGACUCGGAACGUCAGAUUAACGUUUCGGUUAUUGUAUGGAUCACUUGUUUAUCGAGUUCCUGUACCAUGUUUUGUAGGCUUCUCUGCCACUAAGGCUCUAGUACUAUGUCUACCUCCCGUUCUGUUUGUCAGUGUACCUGAGAAUUCGGAAGAUCAUUG